GUAGUCGUGUAAUUCAUGCGCAGUAUUGUAAUUGAUGUUUAAAGUUUCUGUGCGGAUUGGAAAAUUUACUACAUUUAGUGUAAGGCGUAUAAUGAAAGGCGCCGGGAUCAUAUUGAUCUGCGCAUUAACACUUGUAAAAGGAAAUUUAAUUGAUAUAAACAAAAAUGGAUGUCCAUUGGAUUACACCAUAGAACGUUUACUUGAGCAUGAAGAUUGUAAUAAGUUCUAUCAAUGCACAAUAGGAGAGUUAGUAGAACACACAUGUCCUAAAGAUUUACUUUUCAACAUUGAAAAAAACGAAUGCGAUUGGCCCGAAAAUGUAAUUUGCGGUGACAGAGUCAUACCAGAUAAGGACGAAGGCAAUCAAGAUGCGGAUGGUGACGCAAAUGGUGGAAAUUGCAAUCCCAGCGAAGCUCCGAGCAUUUGUGCUACCGAAGGUUCUGACGACAUUUUAAUAGCUCAUGAGAACUGCAAUCAAUUUUACAAAUGUUUGCAAGGAGUACCUGUCCCAUUAAAGUGUGCGUCAAAUCUGUUGUACAACCCUAAUAAGGAGAUAUGUGAUCGGCCAGAAAAUGUAAGUUGUGGAGACAGAAUAAAACCAGACUGUGAUUUUAACGAUGGCAAUGACGAACAAGUUGGAGAUGACGGAGCUGAAAUUGACGAUGAGGGAAACUGCAACUGUGACCCCGGAGAAGCAGCAUCGAUUUGUGCAGCACCAGAUACAGAUAGUAUGUUGAUAGCCCACGAAAACUGUAAUAAAUUCUAUAUUUGUGCACACGGUAACCCCAUUGCAAUGUCAUGCCCAGCAGAUCUUUUAUACGAUCCCUACAGAGAGCAAUGUUGGUAUCCUGAAGAGGUCGAUUGUGGGGAUAGAGUAAUCCCUGAAGACAAUGGAAAUGGCGAAGGCGGCGGCGGUGGCAGUGGAGGCGGCGGUGGAGGCGGUGGAGGUGGCGGUGGCGGUGGAGGCGGUGGUGAUGGUGGGGGAAGUGGAGGAGGAGGAGGUGGAGGCGGUGGAGGAGGCGGUGGAGGUGGCGGCGGAGGAGGCGGCGGAGGUGGCGGCACCUGUAACUGCAACCCUGGCGAAGCACCUUCUAUUUGCGCUGCUCCAGACUCCGACGGUGUAAUAGUAGCCCACGAAAACUGUAACCAAUUCUACAUAUGCGCCCACGGUGUACCGGUAGCGAUGCGUUGCCCAGGCAAUCUCCUAUACGAUCCAUACAAAGAGCAAUGUUGGUAUCCUGAAGAGGUCGAUUGUGGCGAUAGAGUAAUCCCUGAAGACAAUGGAAAUGGCGAAGGCGGCGGCGGAGGAGGCGGUGGAGGCGGCGGCGGCGGUGGAGGCGAUGGCGGUGGAGGCGGUGGAGGCGGCGGUGGAGGUGGCGGCGGAGGUGGUGACGGCACCUGUAACUGCAACCCUGGCGAAGCACCUUCUAUUUGCGCUGCUCCAGACUCCGACGGUGUAUUAGUAGCCCACGAAAACUGUAACCAAUUCUACAUGUGCGCCCACGGUGUUCCGGUAGCGAUGCGUUGCCCUGGCAAUCUCCUAUUCGAUCCAUACAGAGAGCAAUGUUGGUAUCCUGAAGAGGUCGAUUGUGGGGAUAGAGUAAUCCCUGAAGACAAUGGAAAUGGCGAAGGCGGCAGUGGAGGAGGCGGUGGAGGCGGCGACGGAGGCGUCGGCGGAGGAGGCGGUGGAGGCGGUGGUGAUAGCGGAGGUGGUGGUGAUGGCGGGGGCAGUGGUGGAGGAGGAGGCGGCGGAGGAGGCGGCGGAGGUGGUAACGGCACCUGUAAUUGCAACCCUGGCGAAGCACCUUCUAUUUGCGCUGCUCCAGACUCCGACGGUGUAUUAGUAGCCCACGAAAACUGUAACCAAUUCUACAUAUGCGCCCACGGUGUGCCGGUAGCGAUGCGUUGCCCCGGCAAUCUCCUAUACGAUCCCUACAGAGAGCAAUGUUGGUAUCCUGAAGAGGUCGACUGUGGGGAUAGAGUAAUCCCUGAAGACAAUGGAAAUGGCGAAGGCGGCGGUGGAGGAGGCGGUGGCGGAGGAGGCGGUGGAGGCGGCGGAGGAGGCGGCGGCGGAGGUGGUAACGGCACCUGUAACUGCAACCCUGGCGAAGCACCUUCUAUUUGCGCUGCUCCAGACUCCGACGGUGUCAUAGUAGCCCACGAAAACUGUAACCAAUUCUAUAUAUGCGCCCACGGUGUACCGGUAGCGAUGCGUUGCCCCGGCAAUCUCCUAUACGAUCCCUACAGAGAGCAAUGUUGGUAUCCUGAAGAGGUCGAUUGUGGGGAUAGAGUAAUCCCUGAAGACAAUGGAAAUGGCGAAGGCGGCGGCGAAGGAGGCGGUGGAGGCGGCGGCGGAGGUGGUAACGGCACCUGUAACUGCAACCCUGGCGAAGCACCUUCUAUUUGCGCUGCUCCAGACUCCGACGGUGUCAUAGUAGCCCACGAAAACUGUAACCAAUUCUAUAUAUGCGCCCACGGUGUACCGGUAGCGAUGCGUUGCCCCGGCAAUCUCCUAUACGAUCCCUACAGAGAGCAAUGUUGGUAUCCUGAAGAGGUCGAUUGUGGGGAUAGAGUAAUCCCUGAAGACAAUGGAAAUGGCGAAGGCGGCGGCGAAGGCGGCGGCGGAGGAGGCGGCGGCGGAGGUGGUAACGGCACCUGUAACUGCAACCCUGGCGAAGCACCUUCUAUUUGCGCUGCUCCAGACUCCGACGGGGUAUUAAUAGCCCACGAAAACUGUAACCAAUUCUACAUGUGCGCCCACGGUGUAUCGGUAGCGAUGCGUUGCCCCGGCAAUCUCCUAUAUGAUCCCUACAGAGAGCAAUGUUGGUAUUCUGAAGAGGUCGAUUGUGGGGAUAGAGUAAUCCCUGAAAACAAUGGAAAUGGUGAUGGCAGCGGCGGUGGUGGCAAUGGCGAUGGCGAUGGCGGAGGCAAUGGAGGAGGUGGAGACAGUGGAGGUGCUGGAGGUGGGAAUGGCACCUGUAACUGCAAUCCAGCUGAAGCGCCAUCGAUUUGCAUGAGGACGGAUUCUGACGGUAUAUUAGUAGCACACGAAAACUGUAAUCAAUUUUACAAAUGCGCUCACGGUGUACCUGUAGCAUUGUCUUGUCCAGGAAAUCUGUUUUACGACCCGUACAGAGAGCAAUGUUGGUAUUCAAACGAAGUAGACUGUGGAGAUAGAAUAAUGCCAGAACAGAACGACAACGGCAGCGGCGACGGCUGCCACUGUUCUCCCCGUGAAGCACCAUCUAUUUGUCGGUCAGAAGGCUCCGAUGGAAUUUUAAUUGCACAUGAAAAUUGUCGUAAAUUCUAUUUGUGUUCCAACAAUGUCCCGAUUGAAAUGCAUUGUCCUGCCAAUCUAUUAUACGAUCCAUAUGUAGAAAGAUGCGGCUUCCCAGAAGACGUUCUCUGUGGUGAGAGAGUUGUUUAAGUUACUGAUGUUUUUACUGUUUAAAAAAAUGAAUGAUUAAUAACAUUCUUAUAAAUCAAGUCUCAAUAAUACUUCUUUAUAACAAUUUUUGAUUUAG